AUGGUAAUUUUUUUAUCACAACUUCAGGUGUUUGUGUUAACAGAUGGUGGAGUGAGCAAUACAGAUCAGGUGAUUGGCCUGGUGAAAACGCAGUCAUUGAAAACCAGUACAAGAGUAUUCUCCCUUGGAAUUGGUCAUGGAAUGUCAACUGCUUUAGUGAAAGGGAUAGCAAACAAUGGAGGGGGUAAGGCGGAAUUUACUGUUGGAGGUGACCGUGUGCAGUCUAAGGUUGUAUCAUUACUGAAGUGUGCUAUGCAGCCAGCCAUUACAGAUGUCACCAUCAACUGGUAUCUGCCACCUGAUGUGACCCCUGUUUCCAUUCCAACAGAACCACCAACCCUUAUAUCUAAUGGGGAAAGACUAACUUUAUUUGCCGUCUUGCAAGGAGUUAAUAAAGAGAAAGAUUAUCCUGAAAGUUCAGUGACACUGAAAGGUCAGCAAGAUGGAAAACCACUAACAUACAGAUUGAACUUUGUUCUGGGUAAAUCAUCUGAGGUGUGUGUCUCAGCACCAGUUCAUCGCUUAGCAACAAAAUUGCAAAUAAAGCUUCUACAGGACGAGGAAUCAGCAAUGUUAAGUGAAGAUACUUAUCACAUCUCACCAGAUUUGGGCAAGGAAAUCAAAACAUUCAGACAGAGAAUUGUUGAUCUUAGUCGUCAUGGCAAUAUUGUAUCCAAAUAUUCAGCAUUUGUUGCCAUAGAUUCAGCGGGAAAGAAAGUUGAGAAUAAAGCUGUUGAGCGGUCGUGUCCAGUACCUACUCUGUCUAAGGAAUAUAUGAGCGGAAUACAACCUGUAUUACGAACAGCGAAAUGUUGCUGUGUUAAAUAUCUAACGAUGAGGACACAAGUUCACAAAGCCGAGAGUUCGUGUUCAAACAACGAAGGCGUUGAUGAGUUUUGUUUGCCGGAACCAAGAUAUAAAGAAAUGGGUCCGUGUUUGGACAGCGAUGGCGUUGAUGAAUUUUGUUUGCCGGAACCAAGAUCUAAAGAAAUGUAUUGCGACGUAGUCACAAAAGACACAGUAAACACAGUAGAUGACCUGCCAUUGAAGUCUGCUGAUAGUGCACAGAACAAGCAAUUUUGCAGAAGUGCUAAACCAUUAGCAGACUUGCCAUUGAAGGCUACAGACAAUGCGCAGGACAAGCAAUUAUACAACAAGAGUGCUGCACCAAUACAUCAAAGGAGGAAAAAAGGGUUUAGAUCUAAAUUCAAGUUUCCAUCGUUUAGUGGGUCAUUUUCAAAGAAGAGUAAAGACAAGGAUAAUAAAGUUUCGAAAUGUUAUGAAGGCCCUGAUGUACAUCAAAGUGUCUCGCGACGGUAUUCUGAGAUGUCGUCUGAUGCUGAUGGAAAAUUUUCCUCAGAUGACAAGAUGAUGUCUGUAAUAGCCUUACAGCAACUACAUGGCGAGUGGGAGGUUUCUGAACAACUGUUUAAGUUAUUGGGUGUUCCAAAAGAAGAAUUUGAUAAACAGACAUUUUCAGAGGUGCCAAGUAUUGUAUGUACAGUAAUUGUAUUAUGCUGGUUAAGAAAACAGUUUCCACACAGACAUGAGGAAUGGCAGAUGAUAGAAACUAAAGCUCUAACCUGGCUGGCAUCACAGAAAGUCUCUACAUCGGUGGAAGACAUCAUUCAGCAGACAACACAGUCUCUCUGGCCAUAACAUAAUGAAGAAAGAUAACUUUGAAAGAAAUAUUCCUUUCGAGAAAUGAUAAUGUUUCAAAUAUACUUUUUGUAAUGACUAUUUAACAUUUGACUUCUGGCACAUUUUUGAAUUGCAAAUUUACUUCAUAAGUUUUUUUAAAUGAUUUGAUAAAUCGUGUUAUAAAGGUAAGGUAGAAUAUUGUAAUAGUUGUGAUCAUCUUGCAAUUGAAGUUUUGUCGAAAGUGUUUAUAGAUGAAAAUAUUAAAUAAUUAUAUGAUAAUUGUAAAGUUAUGGAUAUUCUGAAAUGUAGAUUUUGUAUUUUUAUUCAAGCUUCCUACUCCUCCCACCCCCAUUCCACCUCCACCCCGCAACCACGACAAUUAUUACCAUUUAAAUAUUAUAUACUAGACACAAAUUUCAUAUUUCAAUACACAAGCAAAUACAAAAUAUAGUUUAUGUAAAUAUAGAAUUUACAAGUUUAUGUGUAUUAAAAGUACUCUUCAUUUAGUAAAAAAUAGCAAACGAUAUGUACAUAUAUGGCUGAACACAGCAUACAUGUGUACUACCACUGAAAACUGGAAGUAGAUUUAACAACUGACUGUUACUUUAUGACAUUUUAUUACGAAUGCAGCUCAACAUACACAAUUGUUUAGUAAAGUUGAAUAAAUUUGAUGAGAUUUUUCUGCAUUCGAAGUACAUAUUAAUUAAUCCCCCGCCGCAAGUGGUGGGGGUUAUAGGAAUGGUAUCCGUCCGUCCUUCCGUCCAUAACAAUUGUGUCCGCUCCAUAUAACCUUAACCCCUUGAAGGCUUUUCAUGAUAUUUGGGUCAAAUAAUCACCUCAUCAAGACAAUAUACAGAAUUUAUGAAUCAGCCAUGUAGGCUUAACCUCACGGAGACAACUCAAGGUCAAAUGUUUGAGCCUUUCAUUUUGUCUCCUAAACCCAUUGAAGGAUUUAGAUGACCUUAAUUUAGUCAAAUCAUUACCUCGUCAAAUCGAAGUGCAGAACUCAUGAGUCAGCCAUGUCGACUCUAGGUCAAGGUCACAACUCAAGAUCAAAGGUAUUAGCCCGCUCUGUAUCUCCUAACCCCUUUAGGGAUUUUGAUAUGACUUCCCUGUAAUAUUCCUCUUAUCAAGACAAUGUACAGAACUCAAAAUUCAUCCGUGCCAAUUCAAGGUCAAGGUCACAACUUAAAUGUUUGAGCCUUCAAUGUCAGUCCUCUCCUUUCCUGCAAAACCACUUGAAGGAUUUUCUGGAAACUUUUGUAAAGUGUUAACCUUAUUGAGAUCGUUUGCAAAACCCAUGAGUCAGCCGGGCAGACUCAAGGUCAUGGUCACUAUAAAAUAUACUUCACACAAUAUCAAUGCUUCCUCCUAAUGCCGUCAAUCCUUUCACUAUCCAUAAUAGUGGCGGGGUAUAUAGCUGUCCAUCAGACUGCCUUGUACAUUGUAUCUAAAAUGAAGUAUUUUAGUAAAAGAUCCUUUUAUUUGCAUAUUUAGGUGUGCUCUUUGUUUAUCAAUUUCUACACACCAUAUAUUUUGAAAAGUGCAUUGAUCAUUUGGAAAAUUUAUGGUCAUUAAUUAGCGGAGAAGUUCUGAAUGGGUAAUGAACCCCGUAGUUAUGCCUCUUCUAUUUCCAUCUGUUGUGGGGUAUAGUGUACAUAUAUUUUUAUACUUCCAACAUUUAUGUAUUUAUGUCUAUCAUUUAUUAUUUUGUUAUUCGUUUUACAUUUAUUUUUAAUAUAUAUAUAUUGCUAUUGAACAGAUUGCUCUGCCUUGCGCAUGUCGUAGAUAAAUGUAUAUCUUUCUCUUGAUCUGUUUCUUUUUAUCACAGUUAUUUUUUCUCACUUAGCGGCUAGGUAUCACUGUCGUAUGCUUUAGAAAUUUGAGAUGCCUUUUUACAGAAUAAACAACCUAAGUUUUGUAUGUUGUCAUUCUUAAAUAUAUCAUGUUCGAGACUUUUGUAGCAUUGUUAUAGAAUUUCUGAUUUACAUUUACUGUGCCUUUAUUAACAUUUAAAAUAUAUGAUCUAGCUGAUAUAGCCAUUAAGACAUAUAAGUUUUGUAAAUUUUAUGUGCUUUCCAGUAUUAUUGCAGACUGUCUGAGCUUCGUAAUUUUAUAGGCCAAUCAUUUUUACAGAAUUUUAUGUAUGUACCAUUUCUUAAAUCUUUCUGACAUAGAGGUUAUCAUUUUUUAAAGAAUUCAAUCAGAUAUGUGUAAAAUUUACUGACUAAAACGUAUCUUUUGUUAUUGUCAUUGGGUUUUCUGAUGAAUAUGUUUUGUCAUUUUUAUCGACACACAAAACGUAUGCGUUCUAAUAUUCAUUCACUUUCAAAGAUGUAUGUGUGCAAUUUUUUUGACUUUGCAACAUGUGUGAGUUAUAAAGGUCGUUGUCUUUUCAAACAUGUACUUAAAAAUGUAUAUUUCGACAAACUUGGCAAGGCCUUAGAUGUUUGAUUAUUUCAUGUCUAGCGGAAAUGAACAGUUCGCAUGUAUUAUAUUUUCUAGGUCAAAUUUGAAUCAAGCUGUAAAACGUAUAUUUAUCCUUUUCUGUGCCUCAUUCUUUGUAGUAUUCUUCAAUUUGAUAGUAUGAAUGCACAGCAGACAGUUUUCUUUUCAAUGCGGAACGCCUAGCAUGGGUUUCUUGUACCAUUUUUCAAGUGUUUGGUCUCACACUUGAAAAAGGAACUCACCAACAAGGUUGCCGAGACGCUAGUUGAUUCAAAGUUAAAAGACUUAUUCUUUGAAAAAUAAAAUUGUUUUUCAAGUAUUUAGUUUAAAACUCUGAUUUUUUUUUCAUUAGAAAUGCAAAAGCUUUGCAUAAAAUCUUUAUAUUGGAUGAAAAUUUGAAUAAAUGAAGUAGUGUUUGAUAUAACAUUAUAGUUUAAGUCUGUCUUAAUAAUUCAUAAUGUGAUAUAUAUAAAACCAAUUGAUAAACACGAGCCAUGUAGUAUUGUUUUGGAGCAAUCGGGGCUUAUAGCAGAUCUUGUUUUGUAAGCAUAUGUGUGGUGUUAAGCAGUGUAAAUUCAAAAAAAACAAUCUUAAAACAAAAUGUGUCUUCCAUUAUGUCAUAAUUGUAGAGAGUUUUUCUAUUUGUACUUUUACCCUUUUGUGUACUUAAUUUCAAUGCAUGAUGAUAAGCGUCUAGAUCUGUUAGAAACUGUCCUUAUAAAUUGACAUGAAUCAGUCUGUACGUGUAAAAUCGAUAUGGCCAGAAGUUGUAAUGUACAAUUUACAAGUACUGUUGAAUAUACACAAUUAUUAAGAACGUUCUGAAUUUUGACACCUCAACCUGUCACUGUUUUUACAUAAAUAAGAAGUAAUUUUUUCAUGUAGCUGUACAAGUAUGAAAAUGAAUCUGUAUAACUCUCUAUUACGAAACUUUAGUGGAAAAGGUCACGCAUUGUUAAUAAUCAUAUACUAAUGAAUUUUGUUAAAUCAUUAGAUAUAGUAAACGUUAUUUAUUGUCAAUUGCAAUCAGAUUAUUUUUGUUGUAUUAUAUACCUACCCAUUUGUUAGAGUAUCAAUGCAUUGUCUUUCAUUUUUACACCCACAUUUUACCAUUUUCUUGCCCUUAUAUAAUGUGAUAUGUACUGUGUUGCAUUGGUAACAGUUCAUUAUGCAUUUUAACCAUGCAAUAAAGUAUGUGAUCUGAUGUUCUUAACAUUUUUGUUCAAUUGUAAUAAAACUUAA